CGAAAAAAAUUGAUUGUCGUGUCAUUGUUAAGCUUGCAUCAAAGUGUAAAGUCGCAAAGAAUUUUUUCUUCAGUAUUGUUUUUUUUAUAUCCAUCCUGAAAAGAAAAUCCGAUAAAAAGCGGCUAACAUGAUGUUGUUUAUGCUGUUGUUCAGCCGACAAGGCAAGCUCCGGUUACAAAAAUGGUAUGUUGCCUAUCCGGACAAAGUGAAGAAGAAAAUUACACGGGAAUUGAUCACAACAAUUUUGGCAAGAAAGCCGAAAAUGUGCUCGUUCUUGGAAUGGAAAGAUAGUAAAAUCGUUUAUAAAAGAUACGCUAGUUUGUAUUUCUGCUGUGCAAUCGAACAAAAUGAUAAUGAAUUGCUAACACUGGAAAUAAUCCAUCGUUACGUGGAACUAUUGGAUAAAUACUUUGGCAGUGUAUGUGAGCUCGACAUCAUUUUCAACUUUGAAAAGGCGUAUUUCAUAUUGGAUGAAUUGCUGAUUGGCGGCGAAAUGCAAGAGACAUCGAAAAAGAAUGUGCUGAAAGCGAUUGCAGCUCAAGAUGUGCUUCAAGAGGAUGAAACACCACAGGGUUUCUUCGACGAUCAUGGGCUUGGAUAACUUAAGUAGAACAAAAAAAAGCAAACAAUUUCGGCUCAAUCACUCAAAAUAGGUUGUACUGAAUGAAAUAUGCUCACUCAUUGAUAUUGAUUGCUCAACUCUGAAUCCUGAAUAAACGGCAUGCAUCACAAACAUUAAAUCAAAACAAAAAAAAAGCAAAAUAAACAAAUGUAUUAAUUUUUUCGAAUUUCGAUAUCAGUAUUAAUAUUGUUCGUUUCAAUCUCUCGUUUCGGCUGAAUCACAAACCUAAAACUCAUACACAAUUUGGAUGCGAUAUUAACUAAAUUUUUUAUUUUUCGUUCAGAUUUUAAAUUUGAUUAAGUUAAAAGACUCAUUGAAGAUAUCGAUUGUUGUUCGCACUUUGUCUUCAAUUGUUUUAAUAGGAAAAUCAAAAUACAUUUUAAUGACAUGUUAAAUUCCCACAAGUCACAAUUAAUAAAUACUUAAUUACUUUAGAUUACAAUUAUAAUGCGAGCACGUGUGAAUGUGAUAUUGAGAAAUUUAUUUGCACAGUGUUGAUUACCACUUGGAAUUCAUUCCCUUUUUUUUCUCGUGUGUGUAAAAAAAAACGUUAUUGCUUUUUAGCUAAAAAAAAAAAACAGAAUCAAAAUAAACCACAUUUCAAUUAGCAA